UUCAGUGUGUAUCACAUGGAGCUCUUCCCUGUGCUGAACUGUUUCUGUUUUUUCCCCUUCCAGGUCUUUGUAUGGAUCCAUGGAGGUGGAUUAGUUCUUGGAGCAGCAUCAUCCUACGAUGGCUCAGCAUUAGCAGCCUUCGACAGCGUGGUUGUUGUGGCAAUUCAGUACAGAUUGGGAAUAGUUGGAUACUUUAGUACUGGUGAUAGGCAUGCUCGUGGUAACUGGGGGUAUUUGGACCAAGUGGCAGCUCUUCAGUGGAUACAGGAAAAUAUCAUACACUUUGGAGGGGACCCGGGAUCUGUCACCAUCUGUGGAGAGUCUGCAGGGGGAGUCAGUGUAUCUGCUCUGGUCUUAUCUCCACUGGCAAAGGGCUUGUUCCAUAAGGCCAUUUCAGAGAGUGGUACUGCAAUUAAGACUUUAUUCACUGAUAAGCCUGAGGAAGAAGCACAAAGAAUUGCUGCUGCAUCUGGCUGUGAAAAAUCCAGUUCUGCUGCUCUGGUUGAAUGCUUAAGAGGAAAAACAGAGGAAGAGAUAGAACAGAUAACUCUAAAAAUGGUAGGUGAAAUUAUACCUUGUAUAUGAGCGGCAUUUCAAAUUUGAUCAUAACAGAGC